AUGCGCAGGCGUAUGCUCAAUGCGAAGAUUGCUUCCCAGAUCACGGCGCUGCAGGAGGCGAUGAAAGACCCUUGCCUGCUCACGCGUCUCAAGAAGCUUAUCCAGAAGGCUGACAGCAUGGAGCAGCCACCCACGCACAAUGCUGUUCUUCACGGGCUGCAGGGUUUGCUCGAGAAGUACGGCACUGCAACCACGGCAGCCGAAGCUAAGGACACUACGAAGCCUCCUCCUGCCAACACCACCAAGUAUAAGCUGCUCCAACACCCGUGGGGGCAAGCAAAGGUAUGGUCAGCUUCAUCGGUGAAGGAUCGCACGUUUGACCCGAAGAUGCCGCCAGUGGUGACCUGCCAGAACCUAGAAGAGUAUGAGAAUGCACAGCGUUGGUUUGAGGCUCGAGGCAAAGAACUCCCACACGCAAAAUAUGUGUUAUUCGGACAAGAGCAGAUUCCUGCCGGGUGGACUGAACAGGACGUACCAGUGGAGCACGCAUCUGGUGGUGCCACGAAGGUCAAGGCUCUCGUCAGGAAGUGGGGUGAUCACGCUCCAACACGCCGUGGUCUGCCAGGCGGGGUCAAAGACGAUCAGGUCGAAGACGCACCCACGGCCAAGCCGAUUGCGUUCCGCAUCACCGUCGCCAGGGAAUUCUUCACGGAGGACUGGCUGUGGGCACAAGCAUCAUCUAAGCCUGUGGCUGUUGGAGGCCUCAUCUUCAACGCGCCGACUGCGAAGAUGCUCCUGCAGACUAAGGGAGCUGUGGGGUAUCGAACGGAGGUCACGGCCAUUCUCCUCGUGGCCCCCGACAACAAGAACAAGUUCCUCGAGCAUGCCCACCCAGAGGGGGUCUUCUUGAAUCAGCAAGCCUCUCCUCUCGUACCAGUUUGGCAUAGAGUGCGAGACCAAGAGUCCAUGGCCAGCUACUACGCCAGAGUCAGCGGGGUUGCCAAGACCUCGGAGGGACGCCUGGUCUACAGGCCGAGUGACAACAGCAGCCUCGGAGUUUUAUCCAAGAAGGUGAUCGCUGCGAACAUCCAGCCGCGGUGGACUUUGCAGAAUACUCCCCUCUCGUGGUCGGACGCAGACACGGUCAGCAGCUGGGAUACGCAGAGGGGCUUCAAGAAUGUCAGUGGUGUCGUACGGUGUGGGGCCCGCAGGUGGUUCCCCAGAGGCGACGUCGAAGCUCUUGAGAAGGAUCGUGUGCUGGAGCUCCGCCCUGGCAUCAUGGCCUCCGUGGCCGCGCCGAGACGACAGACGCGAGCCCCGCCCCCAGGCAAGUCGGCGACGGCCUGGGGAGCUCCGUCACCAGAUCGUUCGGGCGACAUCGUGAAGGAGGAAGACGAGCACAAGGAAGUUCACGGUUCGAGCCCGGGCGGCGGCAAAGGGCCGAAGUUCCUCGCCAAAGCGUUCUUUGACAAGCAAAGGGGCGCGCGGCGCCCUGGGCUUGUCUACUCCGUCCAGGCCGGCGUCACCUCGACCUCUCUCGAGCAGGGCAGCGCGCAGUAUCCUGGGUAUAUCCACGCCGAAUGCGGCUGGAAGCCAGACUUGGAGAACCAGACGGCGAACUCGAUCAGGGGCCAGGCCAGAUCCCACUGGAGGAGAUGCCAGGGUCUUGAACUACCACAAGAGUUAGCCGACACCAGAAAGCUACGAUAUCACGUCACCCUCGUCGCAGCGAUGUCCCAGGGUAAGCGUGACAUGGCCUGGAAGAAUGUCAGCAAGUGGUGGGACGACCAUCCGCCCGACAUCAAGGAGGUCUCCUGCGAGAUCAACGAAGCCAGUUGUCAUGCGAUCCAGAGGGCCACGAUGAGGCAGACGUACUACACGUGCUCGAAGUGCGGCAAGAACACAUGUCUCUCGAGGGUCAAGUCUAUUCCCUGCAAAGGGCGUCCAGCGGGCAAUUCCUUCAAGGACGCCAUGGCGAGGAAGGUGGGUGCGGCCAAGACGGAGCACUUCCACCAGCGGAGGUACAAGCAAGUCAAGAUGAGUUGGAAGAAGAGGGCUACUCGCGAGCCCGAUGACUACAAGGAGUACUACGCCCAGUACGGCCGCAAGCCAUACGCGAGGAGGAAGGCGCUGGGCCUCAUCCCGACGAGGCAGAGAAAGAUCCUCACGAAGUCCGAGCUGCAGGCCCUCAACGCACGUCGGCGCGAGAGGUGCGCCGCCCGCAAGGCGGCGGCAGCAGCUACAUCUUCCUCGUGA